CCCCCAUCACCAUGUGUUGUGGGGAACACCCAGGAAACAGCAUUUUGUGCACACCAGAUUAGAGGGCAGUGUGUGAGCUGCCCUGGUGCAGUCUUCUGUGUGAGACAAAGCCUGUACUCAUGGCCAUGUUGGCAAUGUGGACUCUUGGUGGAGAAGAGUGAUACUGCAGUAGAGAUAAUGAAUCGCCGAGGGAGAGUCAGUUCUGGAACUGCAGCCCCAGCAGAAGAGAGAAGCUGCUCCUGGCUGAACCCCUGGGUCUUCCUUGUUUCUGUCCUUGCCAUCAAAACUGCCUUUGUAACCAUCUGCUGCUUCGUUGUUUUCCUUCAUGGAAGCUAUGGCCAGUCCAAGACUCUGCUCCAGAAUGCUACAGAGUGGUACUGCGUCUCCAACAUAUCUGCAGGUAAACAGGAGGGCUGCGUGUACUGUCCAAAAGGCUGGAAACACUUUCAAGAAAAGUGCUAUUAUCUGUCAGCUGAUAAAAUGUCCUGGCCUGAGAGUGUGCAGAACUGCACUGGGAUGAUGGGCUCCCAGCUGGUGGUGAUCAACAGCAAAGAAGAGCAGGAGUUCCUCUUCAACUUGGCGAAAGAAGUAUCUACUAAAGCCUUUGAAACAAAGUUCUACAUAGGCUUAGCUGCUUCUGAAAGUGGGCAAUGGCAGUGGGUGGAUCAGACUCCCUAUAACAAGGCAGCCACGUUCUGGAAACCCGGGGAACCCAAUUUACUCUUUGCAGAAAAGUGUGCUGCAAUUCAUGUCAAGGGAAAAAGAGACCCCAACACUUACAGUAACUGGAACAACGUCCUUUGCUUUACAAGUUGCUAUCGAAUUUGUGAACUGACAGUCAAAUAUGUCUGAGGAAGGAAACUCCACUUUGGAUGAAGGACCUGAAGGAGUAUCCUUGAAAAAGGGCAGCUCAUGAAAGAGCUGAAAGAAAGCUGGCCGGAGCCCACACAAAUGCUUUGUUUUGCAAAUUAGGAUGAGCAAGUCUGCCAUAGAAUCCCAGCUCUGAAGGACCUCAGUUCCCAGCCUGUGCCCCUGUAACUCUUUCCAAGCUGGAGAUCAGUCCUGGAUAAAAUCACUCAAACUGAUUUCAAGAACCUACUGCACCUCUUUUUACCUUCUCAGGUGGGUGGCCUGAUCCUCCAAUACUUUCCUUGACUCCUUGCCCAGUUGAUAUCUCAAUGAUGCAGAAAAAGCCUUCUCUGUUUCAUGAAAGGUUACUGGUCCUACAAAUCACUGGAGCAGACAGUGGAGUGUGCCUGGCCCACCCCUAGAGGGAACAAUUAUUCAUGGCUUGUCUUUAAUAGUUCCUUCUUCCUUCAGCAUAUUCUGUGUUGAUAAGUUAAAAAAACCCCACAUCAAUAAAUGUUAAUCCAGCUCUUUG